AGCCGGCACCCAGUCCUGCGUUAUCGCGCCGCGCGGCCGCCGGGCGAGCGGCAGGAGGCUCCCGAUAGGGGAGCGCCGGGCGCCAAUCUAGGAGACCAAACCCGCCCGGCCGCCACCCCUCGGCGAGCCGGUCCUCCGCUGGGGGCCCUCCGGGAGCCGCCGCCCCCCGCGCCCUCGCCCGCGGCCCGCCCGGCCCUCUCGCUCGGGAGGGGCUCUGCCGGCCGCCCUCCAGGCCCGGCGCUCGGCCGCCUCGCUCCGCCCGCUCCGCGCCCGCCGGCGGCCGAAGAUGUCAGCCAAGCCUGCCGUCGGCUUCGCGAGCGAGGCGUCUCGGCAGAUCGUGGCCGGCGGCUCCGCUGGCACUAUUCUAAGUUUCCAUGUGAUGUCUACAAUAUAAAUCGUGUUCUGCAGCCACCCAAUCAGGUCUUGUAGAAAUCUGCCUGAUGCACCCCCUCGAUGUGGUGAAAACCAGGUUCCAGAUUCAGAGAUGUGCAACUGAUCCAAACAGUUAUAAAAGCCUAGGGGACAGCUUUCGGGUGAUUUUCCGAACAGAAGGGUUGUUCGGUUUUUACAAGGGAAUUCUGCCACCCAUCUUGGCUGAAACACCAAAAAGAGCAGUGAAGUUUUUCACCUUUGAGCAGUACAAGAAAUUGCUAGGAUAUGUGUCACUGUCACCAGCAUUGACAUUUGCCAUUGCUGGAUUGGGAUCUGGACUAACGGAAGCCAUCGUGGUGAACCCUUUUGAGGUAGUAAAAGUUGGCUUGCAAGCCAAUCGGAACAAAUUCACAGAGCAACCAUCUACCAUGAGUUAUGCAAGACACAUCAUUAAGAAGGAAGGCUUGGGGCUCCAGGGCCUCAACAAAGGAUUUACAGCGACUUUGGGACGUCAUGGGGUUUUCAACAUGGUUUAUUUUGGCUUCUACCACAAUGUCAAAAACAUUCUUCCUGUCAAUAAGGAUCCAACCUUGGAGUUUUUGAGAAAAUUUGGGAUUGGUCUUCUCUCGGGUACAAUAGCCUCAGUCAUUAACAUCCCUUUUGAUGUUGCCAAAAGUAGGAUUCAAGGGCCUCAGCCGGUUCCCGGAGAGAUCAAGUACAGAACCUGUUUUAAAACAAUGGCAACAGUCUAUCAAGAAGAAGGGAUUUUAGCUUUGUACAAAGGCCUGCUUCCCAAGAUUAUGAGGCUUGGACCAGGUGGUGCAGUCAUGCUGCUGGUUUAUGAAUAUUCCUACUCAUGGCUUCAGGAGAACUGGUGAUUGCCUAGGAAGUGUUUCCCCCCCUUGAAAUAAUGGAUAUUUCCUAUACAGCACCAUGAGAAGGAGAGCCUAUCAAUCAGCUAAGCUGAUGCAAUUAUUAAUUAUAAUUACACCAUUAUAUACAAUUCUAAAGGGGAAAACAGUUUGUUCAAGAAUAAAACCUAUUUUGAUACUUCCAAACUUAUCUCUAAGUAAUUUUAGAUUGUAGUUUUAGCCAUGUCCACAAAACUGUGAGAAGAAAAAAUCAUAUGAAGCAAUGAGAUAUGUAAACUGAAUAUAGAAUAGCAUAGAAUCAGGUAUAUUUCAUAAAAGCAAUAUAAAUUUUGUGACCUAUGUUCCUCUUAAACCACUUCACAGUGAAAAUUCACUGUAUUGAUCAUUAUUUUUUCCCAGAAGGCCAAGAAAUGCUUAAAGUAAAAAAAAAAAAAAAAAAAAAUUUAAAGGGUUUUUAUAAGGAAUUAAAUUCUUCCAUAAAUAAUAUUUAAAGGGGACGGGAAAAUACUUUUAAAGUGCACUAAAAUAGCCUUUUAAGAAUGUUAGGUUUUAUGUAAAAAUGUAAAUCUGUUGGUUUUCUUUAGUAAUAAUAUACAUCUCAGCUAUAUUUUCCUAAAGCUACUUUAUAUUUUUCACUGUUGUUUAAAGCAGGUCCUAUUUUAAAAUCAUGAUUUGGAGUCUUUUAUGAAAAAUAGAAAAUAUGAAAUUGUAUCAAACUACUUUCCUUCACAUAGGUCCAUUUGAAAAUGAGUUUUUUGCUGAAAUAUUUUCAUGUCAAAUCACAAAUUGGAAGCCCUCCUUGGGCCAUUUUGUGCUGUCUACAUUUGCAUCCCAAUAUCUUUGUUCAGAACUCUUACCCAGGCCGUUCUUAAAAAAAAUGUUUAGAGUAAAACUGCAUUUCCAGGUUACUAGUUUUAAGCGGCAGCUUCAGGUGUGAAACCUGCUGCUGCAGAGUUCAAAUAUGUCUCAUGAAGGGAAAAAUGUUUCCAAGCAGAAGUACAUUCUUAGCAUUUCCAAAGAUCCCUGUACUAACAUGCACGUCAAAAAAUAUCUUGUUGGCCUUUAUAUAACCAAACUUGAUUUUCUAUCUUCACCUUGAAAUGAUGCUCCUUCAGCAGCUAAAAUCAACAAAAGGAUCUGCAUGCUCUAGAUGACACCUGUUCUUACCUACUCCUAUGGGAUAUUUCUACCAUGAGGCUAUGUCACCAAAGCAUUUGAAAAAUAAAAAAUAAAAGAUAACAUGGUAAUUAUUACUUUUUAUUAAUUUAGAGCAUUUGAAGUAUAAAAAUAAAGGCUUUUUGACAUACUGUA